GUGGCAUCAAUACAGUGGAAUUAUCGGGCCACCGAUGAUGUGGUGAAAGUCGAAGUGUGGGAUGUGGUAGACAAAGGAAGGAAGAGACGUCGGCAGGAUGGACUGAAGACGGAGAAUGCUGAAAAUGGUAACCCUGAUGAGCCAUGCCUAGAUGCAGAAUUUUUGGAUGUUUACAAAGGAACUCACGGAGUCAUCUUUGUUUUUGACAUAACCAAGCAGUGGACCUUUAGUUAUGUGGAGCGAGAGAUAGAGAAGGUCCCAAGUCAGCUGCCUGUUCUAGUACUGGGCAAUCACAGGGAUAUGGGUCACCACAGGACAGUCACCGAAGAGAAGGCAAAUUUCCUGGUGGAGCAGUAUCAAAGGGACAGACCCGAAGGUUCUGGAAAAAUCCACUAUGCUGAGUCUUCCAUGCGCAAUGGGUUUGGUUUGAAGUACCUGCACAUGUUCUUCAAUUUGCCAUUUCUUCAGCUGCAGAGGGAGACACUGCUGAAACAACUGGAGACGAACAUGAAUGACAUGAUGUCUACAGUGGAAGAGCUGGAGAUUCACGAGGACUCUGAGGAACAGAAUUAUGAUCUAUUUCUGGAGUCCCUCACUCAGAAAAGACGAGCACAGCAGGAAAAACUGUCAGAGAAAGUCACAGCAGAUGCCACCUUGAAGCAGGAUAAGUCUGGAAACUUGAUAGGGAAAGAUGGGGCCCCGGUGACUUUGAGUAGUGCCCCUAGCCCCAUUGGUGGCAGUCAGCCAUUUAAAGCUACCCCGGUUAGUGGAGGGAUAUUUGCUGCCACUGUCCCCAGGUCAACUUCCCAACCUACAUUACCCAGCACUCUGCCUGUAGGCGGGGCCGGAGACAACAGCACAACCAAUCACCAGUCAGAAUACAUAGCCACCUCAAGUAGGAACAGCCAGUCAGAAACAAAUACUCCAGUGAUCACACCAAGCACAGAGGCUGCCAAGACUGGCAUAUUUUCAAGGUUAUUUAAGGGCAGCAAAACCCAGAGCACGUCCGUGACCCCACCGAAAACUUUAGAUUUGUCAUUAGCAGAAGCCCCACAGCAGGUGGUGAAAAGUGUGGAGGACUUUGUCCCUGAAAUUGAUGGCCUGGAUAGCGGGUUUCUCGAUGAUGCUAAAGAGUUGCCAGGGACCAAGGAUUCUGGGAAAAAUGAGGAAGAUGACAGCGAUGACGAGGAGGCCAAUCCAAUGGUGGCAGGUUUUCAAGAUGACCUGGACUCAGAAGAUGAAAAAACAACUUCUCUGGUUACUGUUUCCACGUCUGCUCAUCCGGAUUCUUCAUCAGAAGAUGAAGGUUUAGUCAAUAAAGUUGGUAGACAACCAGGCGCACAGCGUAAAAGCAGCAAUGACGAGGAAGAUAGUGAUGUUCCAAGUGCAUUGAACCCUGCCGUCACACAAGAUGCUGACGUAACAAGUGAUGAGGAAGAGGCGCCUACUUCUAAAAAUGAAGCUGCUUCAAAGCUACUUCAGGCGGUUAAGCAUUCAUCCAGUUCUGUUUUCAAACAAAAGCGAGUUCCAGUAGCAGAUGUUCAUGUAACAGAAUCAGAAGGUGAUGAUGUUGAAGAUAAAAUAUGUGAUAAUGGAAACACAAACACUUUCAAGCUUUCUUCAAAAGCUGCUGAGGCAGUUUCACACAGUGCAAUAAAAAAUAAAAGCGUCAAGCCUGAUGAGACCAGCCAAUCCGCAGAAUCAAAGGAGAGUAGAAAUAAUGGUGAUGCCGGGCCAGAAGUUGACGCAGGCAGCUUUGAUGCCGAGGAUGGUGGUAACUCGGUAGCUGCUGUGGAGGUCCCUCAAGAGAUGUUCAAUGAUUGGCUUGACCAGUUUGAAGCCAAG